ACGAGUAGCGGGUAUAACUACGAAAUGUCUUUGGAAAGUGUCUGGUGAGUUGCAUAUUCUGCAUCUUUCUUACCUACCUUAUCUGGCUUAUAGAUGAGUUAAGAUUGAUGGAUGACUUCUGCUCACUUGCAGGUUAGUGGUUUAAAAUAUUCAAUUUCAUUCUAAUUAAUUUAAAUGACACUGAAAAUCACAUCGGUCGAUCACCAAGAACAUCGCCAUCAGUUCCUGUUUUACAGUAUCUUUGUCUGGGGAAUAUCUUGUAUAACACUAGGUAUAAUUAUAUUGAUGAAUCAUCUUUGGAAAGAGGAUCUCCAGAAAUGGAACUGGUUCCCCCUUGUAGGCUUUUUUUUGUGCUCGGUGGAACGUACGUCUCUAUGGCAGAAGUCGCUUUAAAGCGUUACAAUUUAUUACCUUUUAACUUCAAUUCAUAGUUUAUAAGUGGUCUUCGUGGGCUUAUUAUCGGGGUCUUUUUCUGAUCCUAUGUGCGAUGCGAGUGCUCCAUCGUGGAUUAGGUAUCUUAAUAUGUGUGCUGCUUAUUUUUAAGCACAGCACCUAUCGCCUGCUCAUUAAUAAGUAAGUUCUCCUUAAAUCUUUUUUUUGUUUUUUCUUUAAUGAUAUAACUAUAUUAUAAUCAGAAUUCGUGGUGAGAGCCCGAUGCACAAAUCAUGUUUGAUUAUUGAACCAAUAAAAUUUAAAAUUGUCUAUAAAUAUUAUAAUUUUAAAAUAGUCCUUUAAAGUGAAACAAUUUCUAAGCAACAAACUUGUUAAUAAUCAGAGCUAUGAUAUAAUUAUCGAUUGAUAACGUCCCGGCUUGCAAAACAGUCCUAAGUGAUAAGUGGAUGAAAAUUGUAAAUAAUAUAAUGAAAAUUGAACGAAUGAACAGGACUUUUAAAAGGACAAUCUAGAUAUGUACAUUUUCCUAGCAGAUAUGCGCUAAAUGUUAUUACAAUGACAGGCCUACGAAAUAGUUUUGCUUUGUAAAGUACAAAUAAUUAACUAAAGUUUGCAAGGAAGCUGUUGUUUCACUUAUUUUCAUAACACUUCCUUUAAAAUUAAAGACACGUGUAACCGCUCUAAGGGUUUUACACUCACAUUUUAUGUCCUUAGUGAAAAGCUGGACACUUCUCACCGGUUACAUAUGCUCCCACAUCGAAAACAAGCAAUUUACUUUUAUCAUUGACCAAAAAUAUCAAGAACCACGAAAAAUUGUGAUAAAAGCCAAUUAUUUCGGCUAAUGAUAAAAGCCAAUUUCCUUUUUCACUUUAUGAGGGAACUACCUUUAGAGUCUGCAGUCGCUUUCUCUACGCGAUCUAUACUGCAGAUACACAAACAACUGAUGCGGGAACACUCGAGAUCAACAGGAAGAAGAUGCUGCUGGCCACUUUCUCAGACGAAGUUUGCGUUCUAUUUAGCUCGCCCAGAGAACGCGAGUCUGCUGACGUUAUUUAACAGUAUGUAGAGCUAUUUAAGGAAUGGGCCAAAAGGUGGAACCUGUCAUAGCAACCACUUGGAUGUGCGAUGCAGAACAAGUCGUUAAGAGCCAUUACCGGCUGCGAAUGGUACGUGAGUAACAAGACUCUGCACAGAGAUCUUGGCAUACAUACGGUGGAAGAUCAGAUCUCCCGCCAUUCCAGCCGGUACAACGAAGACGGAUGUCGCACAGUAAGGCGAUUGAAAAGGAGACAAAAUCUCUUUAAUUUAACCUAAAGAACUACAAUUAUAAUGUACUAAAUUUAUAUAUACAUAUAUAAAACUUGGAGACAAUGACGCAGCCCAAGUUUGUUGACCCAUGUUGCCACGCCCACUCUAACGCCCACGAGCCGCCCCUUUUUUUAUUUUUUGGCUAUCGAUAUGCAAAAUGAAUGUUAAAAUUUCUAGUUGCACCUCCACUAGCUGGGUAACAGGUAUUUGAUAGUCGAGGAUCUGGACUAGAGAGUUUUUUCUUGUUUUGAAAUAUUAUCGCAUUUCCAAUUAUCGGUAGAUUUGUAAAGCUUUUUAAACAUACAAGUAUUAAUACAUAUAUACAACGAGUGUACUAAGAUUGUGUCCCUUAGGGAACAUGCAUAUCAGCUCGAGCUUUCUGUUCAAAAAAUUUAAUUUGAAAUAAAGCUAUAUAAAUUAUACAAAUUAUUCAUAGAGCGUCAAUAUAGUUUGGUUAUCCACGCAGAACGUUUCCUGCCCUCAAAUGAAACUUAAAUUGCUUGGGACAUUUCUUGUAUUAAGCUUGGCAAAAUUCGGAGCGGUUUAUACAGACUCUAAUUAUACCGAAGCGAAAUCAUGUGUAAAAUGUGAUAAUAAUUGUAACGAUGACGACGAUCUAUGGCACUGCAUUCGAAUUUGUUGCCCUCGUAAAAAUACUAUGGCCAAUGGCGGUUGUAGUUUUGAGGAACAACUCUUCCGAACAAAACUUAAUUUAAACAUAAAACUCGAUGACAAUUCGACAGAGACCCUAUAUUUCAACAACCAAACCCUGCUUACAACGCCGUUUUGGGAUAUAGAUGAAAUGAUCGGUCUGAGCAGAGAUGAGUACACGUUGUACAAGAACGGAACCAUAUAUAUUCACUCCGACAAGAGGCUCAAGUCCAAAGAGGAAUACUGUUUCUAUCCCCAUCAGAUUUAUUCGGACUUCCCAGAAACCAUAUGGAUUGUUUUACACGAGUGGUCAUCGAUAGCGAUACCAGGAGCUUACGUGCUCACAUCAGUUUCUCUUAUAUGCUAUAUCUUAACAAUUGGCAUUUAUCUUUUCGUAAAAGAACUACGAAAUGUCUUUGGAAUGUGCCUAGUGAGUUGCAUAUUCAGCAUAUUUCUUGCCUACCUGAUCUGGCUUAUAGAUGAAUUAAGAUUGAUAGAUAACUUUUGCUCACUGGCAGGUUAUAUCUCGUACUUCAUUGAUUGUGCCUCUUAUCUUUGGCUAUCUGUAAAUAGCUUUUGUUUAUGGAAGAAAAUCUCAUCGGUCGAUCGCCAAGAACAUCGCCAUCAGUUUCUGUUUUACAGUAUCUUUGUCUGGGGCAUAUCUGCUAUUCCACUAGGUAUAAUCUUAUGGAUGAAUCAACAGUGGGAAGAGGAUCUUCAAAAAUGGAACUGGUUACCUUUAGUUGGCUUUAGUAGAUGCUCAGUGGAGGUUUAUAAGCUAGCAUCCUGGGUUUAUUAUCUUGGACCCUUUACGAUCCUUAGUGCGAUAAAUAUUAUUAUGUUUGUUCUGACUAUCAAACAAAUUAAAAAAACGAAAAGGGAAAUCAAUAAGUUAACAAUACGACCAGAUCGUACCCCAGCUUGCCUUGCCGUCGAUUUUCAAAAGACUCUAUCAUAUCUGCGGAUCUUCGCUAUUAUGGGCGGAUCGUGGAUAUUAUUCCUAGUUUCGGUUAUAGAAUUGAAUAGCAUCAUUUGGAAUAUUUUCGUUAUACUAAUCCGAGGGCUCCAUUGUGGUUUUGGUAUAUUAAUAUGUGUGCUGCUUAUUUUUAAGCGCAGCACCUUUCGCCUGCUCAUUAAUAAGUAAGUUAUCGCCAAAUCCGUAUUAUCUUAUCAUACCUGUUAUUCGUAGAGUAAAAGUGUAUACUGGAUUUGUUGAAAAGUAUGUAACAGGCAGAAG